UUUAUUUUCUUUUUUAACUUUUAACUUUUAAUAAAAUGGGUAUUAAACCGUUUAUCUCGAUUGAUUUGAAGGAAGAUAGAGCUUAUUAUCAAGAUGAAAGUAUCCCAAUUGUAAUCAGUUUGCGCCUUGAAAAGGAAUGGAGUAACCCUUCUCUUUUUGUCAGCUUUAAAGGAUAUGCUAGCUCUUACAAAAAUAGUACUAGGCAGCACAACGAGAAAAUUUUCGAAGAUGAAAAAUCGAUCCCCAUCGAAAAUUAUGAUAAGCAACCGUACAACAUGACAUACGAGAUUGAUCACAUUGUAAAGGUUGACGAGGGUAAAGAAAUUCCUAGCUCCAAAGACCAUGAAGGUGGCAAUGGUGGUAAAAUCGAAUAUAUGAUCGAAGUUCGCUUGGAAUCAAUUGGGUUUUUUGGAAAUACUAAACCCCUCGCACGUCAGAUAAUUAUAGUCAAGCUUCUUGAAAAAUUAGAUAUAUCUAAAAACAGACUAAUCGAAUCACAGAAAUCGACUGAUUACUGGCCCGUUGCGAGUCGAGAAGCAGACAUGUGUCAGCUGUCAGCCUAUAUCCCGCGUGAAGGAUGGCUACGUGGUGCUUCAGUUGAAGUUCAGAUCGAUUUUAAACAACCCGUAUCAUAUAACCAUGUAAGCUAUGUGACAGUUGAACUAAUCAGCCAAGAAUCUAUCGCUUUAGCAAAAGACAGCGUACUAGAUCUUAGUUACAAGUUGAACGAGAAAAUCAUUUCAAAGGAUACAAGAGAUGUGGAAAUGCACUCAACAAUCAAUCGAAUGAGAGUUUUCAAUCAACAAAUUUAUUUUUCUCUUUUGCCUGAGCUAAUACCAACAAUAAGUACAUCCGUUGCCAAGGUGGUUAACUUAAAUUACAAACUUCGUGUUUCGGUUGUACUCCCUGGAAAAAACAAAAAUCUACGUGUGGAUUUGCCUCUUGUUAUUGGUACGACAACAACUUUAACAUCAGAGCCUAAUAACAAACCUCAUACUCGUGCGGCUACUCCAAACAUGACCGAGUAUCAAGAUGAUCCAGGUGAAUAUACUACAGAUUCAGAUAGAUCUUCCCCAUGCUCAAUUCGGUGCUCUGAAUGUGCACUUCCUUUUACUUUAACUAUGCCCCAACCUCCUGUCUAUUAUCAUAACUGUCCCGAAGAUUAUCUUCAGGCACCAGCAGAAGGAAACACUUACUUUUCACCUGCCAGUAGUACAGCGUACAUGUCACCAAUUGUAAAUGCCUCAUCUGCAAGCAGCCCGACACCAUAUCAUUCUGCUAAUACCAGUGGCACAUCACGCACAUAUGAAUGUUUUAUGCAGAAACCGGCAUCCAGAUUUUGAUACUCUCCAGCGGGUAUUUGAAUCUUCUGAAGAAACUGUCUUUUCACCCAUACAAGAUAACGCAAAGUAUACCAAAGUCUAUGAGUUUGAGGUUGGGAUAUUAUAAAAUACCACCUAUAAAUAAACAAUUGUAAUGCGAGUGAUAUCGUUAUCGACCCAUUUUUGUUUAAAAUUUGUAUAUCAUAAAAUAGCGAUUCUUCAAAAUAGCAUGGUAUGUCUAAUUUUCUCUUGAGAUUUGGAGCGAUUUCGAGAGUUUCAAUGGAAAUUUAGGUAGUACUAGCUGAAAAUUAAGCAGUAUACAAGUACUUCUAUAAAACACAAAAUGCUCUCCCAAAGAUCGUUUAACAAUUUACAAAUUAUCAAAG